AUGGUAAUGUUUUUGACAAUAUCGGUGCACGGGGCUUACGGUCACGUGAACAUUGCUCUACAGUCCCUACCGAUAAUACAAAAGACCUUACAGGGCAUACAGGACAGACUUAACGGUCUAGAAAGUCUGCGCCUUGAAAUACAGAGUGACAAGGAAGCUUUGAAGGAAGAUCUGUGGGGAGCAGACGGAAUCGGACCAAAACUAGAAUAUGUUGCUCAGCAAGCAGAGGGUACAUCGGAGGAUUUGGACUCGAUCUACAGAGAAAACCAUAGUCUCCGCCUUGAGGUCGAUCUCCUCAAAGCUAUUGUAACCAAACUAGAUAGAAAAGUUGACGAAAAACAGGAACGCGGGAGCUGAUUCAUGGCCAGCGGCGCUGCCGUCAAAACAUAUGGCGAGGUCCGUAACCUCUACAAACUCUACAAAAAAAUAUGUUCCCUACCUAAACAUGCACAAGCGAAUCAUCGCAUCCUUGUAUAUCGCUUCCGUGAUAAGGACGGGAAAUUGAUCGAAGGCUCAAUGAAUGACGGGGAAUUCGGCGCGGGUAGGACUACCUUAAAGCAUAUGGAAAAACUGGGAUAUGAAAACAUUGCAUGUGUAGUUACAAGGUGGAUCAGUGGUGAGCAUCUCGGAAUAGCACGCUUUGGCCAGAUGAGGGAGGUGGUAGACCAAGUCUCACAGAAAUUGGGGAAAUAGAAGUUAACUAUUUCGGAAUUAUAUAUUCCGUCCAUGAUGCGCGUACCG